GUCAUGCGUGCCAUCCUCUUCCUGGUUGCCGUACACUGAGAUCGUGCUCGAUGCGCGAUGGCCGUGUGCAUAGUACACGGCAUCGGUUGGUUCUGGAAAGGACUACUAGCGGUUUGUGUCUUUGUGACUCUCACUGAUGCCGAGUGUCAAUGUAACACCACUACUGCCUGUGCCGUGUUCCCCUCUACUCCCUGUAGCCAGGUCGGUGAUCCAGACAGAUGUCAGGAAGGAUGGUUCGGUAACUACUGCCAGAAACAAAACACUGCUUUGCGGAGAUCUUGUAACCAGAGUAGCACAUUGUGGAAUAAUGCAGGCCGGCAUGGAGCCGGAGUUGGUGUAGACGGCAUUGUCACCACAGAUGCCAGGAACGAGCCAUGUGCCCAUACAAAUAAUGAGUCAAAUCCCACCUGGACUGUGAAACUGAACACUUCAGUUCCAGAGAAGAUACAACACAUCAGACUCUAUAUCCGUGAAAUGCGUGAGUACACAUGUUUCAAGAAGCUAUUUAAAGGUGACAAAAUUCGAAAAGUCUCUUGAACAUCGUGAGAUUGACAAUUUCGUCUUUCAACUAACAACUUUAACUUGUACAGCUAAAUUCGAAACUUAUUAACUUAAAAGAUAUUAAUGAGCCAGAAUAUUUAUUAUUGUAUCGAUUUGAGACAGAUUUCUGGGGAUGUUUUACUCAC